GGCGCCUAGCCGCUGGGGAGGUUAAGGCGCGGGCUCGGCCCGGAGCUGGGUGGCCCGCCCUUGUGUGUGUAUGUGCCCACCUAGGUAGACAUGGAGAGCUAUUUGGCGGCCGCGGCGCUGAACGGGGUGGACCGGCGUUCCCUGCAGCGCUCGGCCAGGCUGGGUCAAGAGGUGCUGGAGCGGGCCAAGAGGAGGGCGGUGGACUGGCACUCUGCGGAGCUUCGCAAAGGCAGCGUGGGGGCCGUUUCUCCGGAGCGGCCCUGCGGAGGAAGAUGGCCCGCAGCCGGCCCGCUGGGCCUUCUCCCCGGAGAGAGAGAAGAAAGACGCCCAACCCUCAGUGCUUCCUUCAGAACAAUGGCUGAAUUCAUGGACUAUACCUCAAGUCAGUGUGGGAAAUAUUAUUCAUCUGUGCCAGAGGAAGGAGGGGCAACCCAUGUCUAUCGUUAUCACAGAGGGAAGUCGCAGCUGCGCUUGUGCUCGGACCUCGAGAAGGGUCAGAGAAAAGAAACAUCCCUUGGUUUUGGAGGCAUCUGUCGAGCCUCAGAGUGCAUGCUAGAGGCACCCCAGCCUCCUGAGAGCAUCUCUAAGGACCUCUAUAUCGAAGUCUAUCCAGGGACCUAUUCUGUCACUGUGGGUGCAAAUGACUUAACCAGGAAGACUCAGGUGGUGGCAGUGGAUUCAGGACAAAGUGUGGACUUGGUUUUUCCUGUCUGAUGUUGACCAUCACAUUGCCUUUUUUUAAGUAGCAAGGAGAAUAAAGCCACAAUAUGAUUCUCUUAAUAUUUAUACUUUAGUCCUGCUCUUAGGGCUGACUGUAAAGGGUCGGCCUGGCUGGGAACUGGAGCUUGUCUCUUUCAGUGCCUGUUUUAACCUGAGAGUGUAGAAGUCCUCUCACCCUCUUUUGCCUGAGAGUAAUAAUGAUGCUGUCUGAAUAGUUUUUACUGCUUGCUUUCCACGUGAAGGUUAAUUAUGAUAAUAAAAGGAGAGAUUUGGAAAUAAAAA